GUCUCUUCCUUCCAUGACGAUGCAUCGAACAACCAGAAUAAAGAUAACUGAGCUGAACCCCCACCUCAUGUGUGUGCUGUGUGGUGGAUACUUCAUCGAUGCCACCACCAUUAUAGAAUGUCUCCAUUCAUGUGAGUGACACUUGGCUGAAUACAGACAUGGGAAUUGGACCAAUCAUGAUAAAUAUGACUGUUGCAAAUUCACACAAAUAGGUAGCUAGUUAAUUACUCAAGUAUUUGUAGGCCAAUUUCACUCUCACAUUCUCUUUUCACAUAAUUGCAUUGGCUACACUAUUUAUGUCUAAUUCACUAGAUGCUACAAAGCAAAUCGUUUUUUGGGGGGAAAUGAAUAACUCUGCUAUCUGAUAAAUGUAACAGGCAUUUUUCAUAGUUGGACUGUAGUGCAUUGUGUUAUCCACUGAGAAACUGAUCCAGAGUUUUUUCCCUUGGGUUUCAGUCUGCAAGAUGUGCAUUGUGCGCUAUUUGGAGACCAGCAAGUAUUGCCCCAUCUGUGAUGUGCCAGUGCACAAAACCAAGCCUCUGCUCAAUAUAAGGUAAAUAAUCACUUUGUUUCUUUUGCAUUUGUUCUAUAGCCUUAAAUUGUUAUGUCGCAUUUCUGCUGUUUGUUGCUAUUAUCCAAUCCACCCAGUGCAGUUAGACAUCAUCAAAGGAUUGGUCUAGUUCCAUUAAAACUUUGCUACUUUCUCAACAUCCGUCAAUUUAUUAAAACCUCAUAGCAUGCAAUGAGUUCUGGGUCAAUAUGACUGAUUUAUGAAAACUCUUCAAGGUCUGACAAAACCCUACAAGACAUUGUCUACAAGCUGGUCCCUGGUCUCUUCAAAAGUAAGUGGAAUGUGUUAAAUCCCUCUUAUCAGUCAUGUCAUUAUCUUGUUCUCUGUGACAUAUGUAUUCUGUAUCUACUAAAUGGUUAAUCCUGAAUGGUUGAUAAUCCUGUUUAAUAUCGGAGCUGCUGCUUUGUCUCCCCUGGAAAAUGGGUUAAAGCCCACCUCUGGACUGAUGCUGGAAAUGGGUGCUAUAUAGUUAAAGCAAAGGGUGCAACGCAUCAGACGAUUGAUUUUUCAAUUGUAUCUCUAUCCCUAUUCAAAUAAACAUUUGUGACAGUUUUUUUCUCUCCCAUUAGAUGAGAUGAAGAGAAGGAGAGACUUUUACACGGAUCACCCUUCUGUAGAUGGUGAGUCUCUACACUGACUUUGCUGAUAGUUUCUUUAUUUCGUUUUUUUGUUGUUGCUUAUAUGACUGUGAUAUAUGGUUGUCUCACCUAGCUACCCUAUAAGAGCAUCUGCUAAACGAUUAAAAUGUAAAUGUUAAGAAAAGGGUUCAUUACUUUGCUUUCGUAGGUCAGUCAGGGUGCAAGUCCACUGGAGAUGUAAAAAGUGAAUUGUCAUUAAGUAGUUUUAUUUUUAACAACAACUAAAAUAAUGGUCUGUAUUUAUUUCCUGCUCCAGUAAGAUUCUAUUGGUUUUCCCCUCUUCAAACCCACUAAAAUUAACUUCAAUAUUAGCUGAUAGUAUUCUCCUAUAAUGAUAGGAUUUCUGAGCUCUCACUUUCACGGUUUUCCAUGUUUUGGGGAAAACUCAUGCAACUUGUUGAUUUUGUGUGUGUAGCUACGACAAGGUCUAAUGAGGAUCGAGGGGAGGUGGCGGACGAGGACAAGAGAAUCAUCACAGAUGAUGAGAUCAUCAGCCUCUCCAUUGAGUUCUUCGAUCACAACAAGUACGUUAACAAGUCUGAUACAGCCAGGCUUUAAAAUAAGUAUUAAAUCUAGUUCGCUACGGAUUCAUCAUAAGAUCUAAGGAAGACAAUUAUAUUAGAACAUUUUAUAGAUGUAUACUUAUAUUGAUUAGUUCAGUGUGUUCAAAAACUGAUUAUGUCAGUUGUGUGUUAGUGUCUAUUAUACAUUAUUCUGUAGGGACCCUGGUUUAUAAGCACAGAUAUCGACGCUGUCACUCAACCAUGCUUUUGUGGCACAGUCUGUGCGCUGGGCUUGGGGCCAGAAGGUUGAGGGUUUGACCCACACUCCCUGCCUGUUUCAUUACAAUACAUUAAAUAUGUUUUCCUUUCUAUAAUCAUUUUAAUCUAGAGACUUUGGUUUUAGUAGUGUUCAAUUUUUUUUUAACAUGAAUUUCAAACCAUGAAAAUCUUCAGUGCAUUAUCAAGAUGUUUUCUAACACAUUUUGUAAAACAAGUGUAACAUUGUUUUUCUCAGGGCUAAACAGACAGGCGUGGCUGAGGACCAACCCUCUCAAGAACCGGUAGGCUGCCUAAUGCUGAAGCUCAGAAGUAUUCCAUAUCAGAUAGUUCUAACACCCUGUUGCUGCACAGAGCCUAUUGCUUGGUUUCUGAUAUAAGAUUGUUCUUAAAUCUGGACCCUUAAAGAGCUUGUCUUCAAAUCUCACUGCAUGUCUCAUCUCCAUUUUCUUUUCUACUUUAUUGUAGAUGAGGGUACUGUAUAAAGUGCAGGUUAGCCUUUUUUAGUCAUGAAUCUUGUUCUGGAGGCAGCUCUGCAGAGUGGUCACUAGCUGGCACAGCCACAACGUCAUAAUAUCUGAUUUUAAACCUAACCUUAACCAAAAAGCUCAUUUUUGUUUGCAUUAAUUUUUACAAUGUAGCCAAUUUUGACUUUGCAGCUGGCUUAUCUAAGUGGAAAUCGCUCAGUUCUUCUGUAGUAAAAUGGAGGUUUGAGCUGAUCUAAAUAGCUGUGUCCUCCUCCAGGUGAACAAUAAGAGGUAUCUGCAGUGUCCAGCAGCCAUGACCAUCAUGCACCUGAGGAAGUUCCUCCGCAGUAAGAUGGACAUCCCCUGUACCUAUCAGGUAAAAAUUGAUUGAUUUGAUUUGUUCGGUUAUUUGAAAUGACACAAAGGCAGCCAUAACUCUUGUAUCACCAUUUUUAUUUUUUAUAAGAUGAAUUUAACAACAUUAGUACAAAUCACUGCAAGAUCAUUCUCUCAUAUGCUGCUCUUGAACCAAUCAAAAAUAUAAAAUAUAUUCAGCAACUCUUGAAGGACAAUGGAAGUUCAGUAGAAAAAAUACGUUGGCCUAUUUUUAUAAAUAAUUUUGUCAUUUCUACAAUGUAGGUUGAAGUGAUGUAUGAAGAUGAGCCACUGAAAGAUUACUAUACAUUAAUGGACAUAGCCUACAUCUACACAUGGAGAAGGGUAAGAAACAUGAAAUUAAAGGGGAAGUUUGUAAAAACAUUUGAAUGAGGUUUUGAUUUUGAGCAUUAUUUACAAUUUAACAAUGAAAAAUGUGAACUCCCAACAAUGAAGUUAUCCCAAACCAAUACACCUCCCCCAAUACAGUGGAGACGUUUAUAAUUUAAGAGGUAUAUUGAAUUGAUUUUUCAAAAUCAAAUAUUUUUUUUGAUAUUUCUUGUUAAUGUUUGAUAUAUUAAUUAAGGCAAUGUAAACGUUUUUAACAAGUUGGAAGAUAUGUUUUCUUUGUAAAUAAUUAAUUAUUGCAUGAGUUUUUAUUUCAACCUUUGGCUCUGUGAUAUUUUCUAGGCCUACUUUGGAGUGUGGAAUACAUGAAUGUUCAGAGUUGAAAAGCUUUAUUGUCCAUGAAUGGGGAAAAAAAUCAUGCUUGCCCUGCAAAUUAGCUCUAAAUAUUACAAAUAUUUUGCAGAAUGGCCCUUUGCCGUUGAAGUACCGCGUCAGACCUAGCUGUAAGAAGAUGAAGAAGAGUCAUCCGCAGCAGGAGGGCCAGAACAGCACUGGUCGGUCGGCUGAGAGCGACACAGCCAGCGACAAAGCCUGCAGCCCUGCCGGCAUCCCCUCCACCUCCUCCUCCUUGCCCAGCCCUGGCACCCCGGUGCAGUCCCCACACCCACACUUCCCCCACAUCUCCAAACCCGUCAAUGGAGCCUCCACCUCGGCCCCAGCCCCGACCAGACCCUUCCCCUUCGGAAAAAAACCGCGGAAGACCUCCCUGAAUGGUUCUUCUGCAUCCUCGGGA